AGAUGGAUGAGAGAAACGUGAAGAGAGGUGCCGCGGUACCGUUCUACGCGCCGUCCAAACGGAAGACUUCCGCGGAAAUUAUAAGUGAAGCUCGCGCCGCUAUUGGAGGUGAAAUGAGUCCUGCUAGUUCUGGUCUUGGGGCGUUGCGGCCCGCAGCACUUCGCACAAGAAGACCGUACACGCCGCGGGACCCACAGCGAGUGUUGUUCGCUGAUCGCUCCAGAAAACGAGAUGGACGACCACCGAGCUCCUUCGAUUUGAAAUACCUAAGCCUCUCUGAAGACAGCGAAGAUGCGCAGUAUGGGAGAAGUAAAACAUUCGACGCGGCGGCGACUGAUCUUGAUGACAUCUUUGGAGACAGUAAUAGGACCCGGCCUAAACAAAAGAGCCUGUGCCGUGCCGUAUCGGAACAAGUGAGCGAGUGGGGCGGUGCGAUGAAGCUGCCGCAUUUGAGCGGCCGCAGCAAGCCGCUACACCGCCGCGGUGCCAGCGGCAGCGGGGAUGGAGUAGGCACUGAUCUGAGUGAUGCUAUACUUGUGACGCGACCUCUGGACAGCUCUAUCACAACGACCAACACGAAUUAUGACAAAUACACUAAAUCUCUGAGUCCUAAUGAAGGCAGUAAAAGAAACCCUUUCACAAACAGUAAGUCGGUGUCCAACGAAGGCGGCAUUUCCUUCGGACAUGUUGCAGUCAAGUGCCUGGAUAUACAACUUCCCAGUGCGAAGAUUGAAAACUACGAAAACAUGAACAUCCUCGAAAUAACCGAAGAGUUGAGUAGGAAAAGUCGUGACGUGGACCACAUACUGCACAUCAUGGAGAUACUACAGAAGCUACUGGAUAAAACUCCACCAGCGAGCAGUCUACGCGACUUGGUGUUGAGGGCGCUGUACACGCACAUCGACUGUGAUGAUGAACGUGUGCUGGUGGCAAUAGCUCGCUCGAUGCUGACGAUGCGUGUGACAGGGCCACAUCUGGCUGCCGCAUGUAAGCUGGUGUUCAAGAUAGCUAGAAACGAUAAAAACGAUCACUUCUUCCUCGACGGUAAUCUACUAGAGCUGCUGGUGGAGGGCUGCGGGCGGCUGGAGCCGGUGUCAGAGAGCGAGUGCUGCGUGUACGCGGCGGGCGCGCUGCGGUUCCUCGCGCUCGAGCCGCGCCUAUGUCAGCUGGCGCACCGCGUCGGCGCGUUGCACAUCGCCGUGUUGCACCUCAAGAUACUGAAUGACGCGAUGUCACAAGGACAAUGCGGUGACGGCCAGGCGCAGGCCCUGUACCAAGUAGCGGGCGCUCUGCGCGGGCUCGCGAGCGUCACGCCGCACGUGUUCGCGAACAGCGGCGCGCUGCCUGAGCUGCUCGUCGCGCUAGAGGCGCACACGCAUAGAGACGUCAUUACUAAUGUUGCUAGAUGUCUUAGCGUGCUAUCUGCGGACGAGUCGUGUUGCCUGGAGCUGUGCGGUCGUGCGGGUGCGGCGCGGGCGUUACUCGGCGCGCUGUCAGCGUGCGCGGCCCGCGCGCCGCUCGCCGUGCGCCUGGCGUACACGCUCGGCAACAUGGCCGCCGCUGAUUGCCGCGCUGCCUUACAUAUCUACAAGGAGGAGGGCGCUGUGGACGUGCUGCUGACCAUCCUGGAGUCGUACACGCAGCGCGUCGCGCACAACGUCGACGAUGCAGAGGCUGAUCCGGAUCUGCAUCUAGUUGAUUCUGAUCUGGGUGGGUCAGAUGGAUCAAACGAAGACGUCCUUAUAAAGACAAUUCGAGUGCUAGCGAACCUGUGUCUGGCGGAGCAGGCGGGGGAGGGCCUGGCUACUGUAUACGCUCUACGACUUGUUACUGCCAUGAUUGCCUGUUUACAUCUCGUUGAAAACUCUACAAAAAUUAAGGACUCGUCAGAGGAAAGCAAGCGUGUCCGAGAAGAAAGAAACAACGAACUGGCUCUAGCGUCGUUGGCGGCGCUCAACAACGUGUCGUUUUAUCUCCAGGCCGUACCAACACUAUCAAUAGAAAAUAUUCUGGAUGAGCUUUGUAUUGUGUCGUGCAGAUGGCUGUGUAGCGGCGUUGCGGGCGCGGCGGGCGAGGCGGCGCGUGUGCUCGGCAACCUGUCGCGCUCGUCGCGUGCCGCGCAGCUGCUCGUAUUGCACGACGCGCUCGAUACUAUCGCUACGUUGCAGCAACACGACGACGCAAGCGUGCGUUGCGCCGCUGCUGGUGUACUGGUGAACGUAUGCGGGUGCGGCGGACGAGACGCGUGCGCGGCGGCAGCGGCGGUGGCAGCGCGCGCUUUGCACGCUGCUGCGCGCGUGCACGAUACAGCAACCGCGGCGCUGCUCGCACGCGCACUGUGGAACGCGCACGCGCAUGCCCCGCUCGAAUAUGAUGACGCGAAACGAGCGGCGACGGCGCUGUCUGCUUUUCUUGAGGACGAGUCGAUAUUUACGGCGUGCGAGCUGUCGGCACAGGAGGGGCGCCGAAGCCCGCAACUGAUAAAGAGUGACGCCCAGUUCAUAGUGAGCGACGAUAGAGAAGCCAUCAAGAAUGACAAGUCCAAGGAACUAUACAAACAUCUCGACAACGACGUAAUCGAAGAAGACGGUUCUGACGAAGACGGAGAGAGGACAGGGUGCUCCGGCGAGGACCUUGGCUUCGAGGAGGGGGAUUUAGAGGAGUGCGACUGCGAGCCCUGUCAGCGGCUGGCGGCGUGGGACGAGCUGAUGGGAGUGGCGAUACCGCUGCUCGAGAAGCUCAAACCCACCAGGACUGAUGUGGCUGUGGGGACUGAUUAGCAACGGGUUAAUAGCAACAAUAUUUGGCUAGGGAUUCAUCCAUAAAGUAUGUCACGUCUAAAGGGGGAAGGGGGUCAACGAAGUAUGGUGUGACAAUAGAGGGUCCUAAGUUUUGUGACAUCACAUUUUAAAUUAAAAAAAAAUAGUAGCGAAAUUUUAAAUAUUGAGGUGGUUCUCAAUUGCGUGACGUCACACUACUCCCUAGAGGUCUGUCAUGAGUCAUGACCACCUGUGACUAGGAACGACACACGAUUCUCAUAAUCUAAAAAUUAUGAAAAUCGUGUGUCGUACUUUAUGGGUGGUCCCCAGCUGCUC